UAACAAGUGAACACAAUUUCUGUUACGAAACCGUCGUUAUGAAGUCGUCGAUUAUAAAAUUACUAUUGGCCUCUGUUCUAUGCAUUAUUUCAUGGACACCUGUCCAGUCUGAAACUAAAGCAACAAUACGUACCUUCGAUAUCGAUAUUCCAAGCAACGAUGUUAUCGACUCAUGGACAUAUGAACUUGAAAAUAAUCUUGUUGAUUCAACUAUUAACAUUAAGCAGGAUUGUCCAGAAUCAAUAGAGCUUGAAAUACAGGUUUUUCAAGAAGAUGAAGUGGUUUCCCAAGUUUUUAAAGAACUUGAUAAACCCAUGAAAAAUUUCGAAGACUAUGGUAUUUGUGGGAUGCUGGAUUAUACAGAGCCUGAUGACGACUCAUGUUCCAUACUCCAAGGCGAACAAAAGUGUAAAGAUUGUGAUAUAUCCGGUUUAAUGAAAGAUUUGUCACCCGGCGAUUAUAAUAUUAAAUCUGACUUCAGACAAAAUGGCAACGUGAUUGCUAGCAUCGUCAUGAGCAUAACAGUGGAAAAGAGUGGAAUAUGA